CAAGCUCACUGUCACCCAGGGUCGCCUUCCGCGUGGCGCUACUGUCUGCCCCCUUAUCCUCGCCACAGACAAGACCCAAUUGACAAACUUCUCGGGCGGAAAGUCAGCAUACCCGGUGUACCUCACUAUCGGCAACCUCCCCAAGUCCAUCCGCCGCAAGCCUAGCAUGCACGCGUGCGUUCUCAUAGGGUACUUGUCCACCGACAAGGUCCUCGGCACCGACCUCUCUGAGAACGAGACUCGCGCGCGUGGACAGCGGGUCUUCCACGAGUCGAUGCGGGUCAUCCUCGAGUCCCUCGUCGCUGCCGGCAAGGAGGGAGUAGAAAUGGUCGGAGGCGACGGGCAGGUCCGCCGUGUAUAUCCCAUCCUUGCUGCAUACGUUGCGGACUUCCCAGAGCAGUGCCUGGUCGCUUGCUCGAAGUUUGGUACUUGCCCGAAGUGUCAAUGCCCGUCCGACAAGCUCCAGGGCCCACCAACUGCGCCGCCACGCACCCCGAAGUGGACGACCAACGUCAUGGAGGAAGCAAAAGCUGACUCGCCCACCGCUGCGCAGUACUAUACCCGCUGCAUGGCCCGUGACGUCUCGGGUGGGGUGUACGUCCCGUUCUGGGAGGACCUCCCUCACACCGACAUCCACACUGCCAUCACCCCCGACGUUUUGCACCAGAUCUAUCAGGGUGUUUUCAAGCAUCUCGUCAGCUGGUGUCAGAUCUGCAUUACUCCCGAGGAGCUCGACCGUCGUCUUCGCACCCUCCCCCCCUCCUUUGGUGGCCGACAUUUCGAGAACGGUAUCUCAGCUUUAUCACAGGUCACGGGCACAGACCGCAAGCAUGUCGCGCGCGCUCUCCUCGGGUGUCUCGUUGGCGUCAUGCCUCCGAGGGGAAUCCGAGCGUGUCGUGGUGUCCUCGACUUCAUGUACUAUGCUCAGUACAAGUCCCACGACGACGCGAGCCUCGACGAGAUGCAGCGGGCUCUCGACAUGUGGGAGAGCAACAAGAUGUUCUUCGUCUCGGAUGUCCCUGUCCGCGAGCAUCUGAAUAUCCCCAAGCUCCACUCGCUCCAUCAUUAUAUCUCAUCUAUUCGCCUUCUUGGGACUACCGACAACUAUAACACGGAGAUGUUUGAACGCCUGCACAUCGACUUUGCCAAGCGGGGAUGGCGUGCAUCGAACAAGCGCAAUGCCUUUCCGCAGAUGGUUGCCUGGCUCGAGCGUCAAGAGAAGGUCAUGGCCUUCGAGCGCUACCUCACCGCUGUCGAACCCGAGCGACCCAUCGCGGUGUUGCGCAAGAAGAGGAAGCUGCCGGUCACUACUGUCACCCCUCUGAGCUUCUCCGUCGCCAAGUUCCCGGAUCGUAAAGCUCAGAAGCUCGUAUCUAUCGAGUUAUCUCACGCCGCACCCGGCUUCUCUCUCCGCCUCAAGCAGCUUCUCAAUACCCUCAUCCCGAACCCUACCUCCGCCCGCCGUGCAUCCACCUUCACUCUGCCCUUUGAUGCUGUCGACGUCUUCCACCAGUUCAAGGUAUAUCCCACCAGCGUCGACUUCGAUGAUGACGAGGUGCUCUCGGAGACCGUUAAGGCCACACCACGCAGUCGGGAGAAGCCUGCCCGGUUCGAUACUGCUAUCAUUCUACAGGCUGACACGGCUGACUGCGCUGGUGUUGAAGGUACACGAGUCGGACGCGUGAAGGUUCUUUUCACGCUUCCUCGCACCCUUGACAUUCUUGGGCCAUGCGACGCACCAGCGGCAUGGCCGAAGGGCCCCCUCGCCUAUGUCGAAUGGUUCACGCCAUUUCGGCAAGGUCCUACUGAGCCGCAUGGCUUCUACCUCGUCAAGAAGAUGGACCCAGGUGGUGAUGGUUUUGUUCCCGGCGCUAUCGUUCCCCUCUCCAGCAUCCGCCAAAGCUGCGCUCUCACCCCUCAGUAUGGCGGACGCCUCGACAUUGCUUCGCAGGCGUUAUGGACUUCGGACAAUGUUUUAGAUAAAUGCGAGUCAUUUUUAGUUAAUAACUGGCAGUACUUGUAUGCGUACCGUACUAUAUGGUAGUACCCUAUAUUACUUCAGAUUCUAAUGACCUUGAUUUGGCCUAGUAAGCCCUCGCGUG